UGUGUUGUGCAAGUUGACGUGGCGUUCAUCAUCAGUGGGUCAUAUAAUCGAUGAAGUUUUUGUUGUUGUUGUUGUUGUAUGCAUUUGUUGAUUUAUCUUUAAUCGUUAAAUCCAAUUAACCAUCUCCCGAAAUCAAUCUUGAUCAAAAUGAUACAUAAACGAGACAAAAAAGAUGAAGAGGAUGGUUUCUGUAAUCCAUUCGCUCGAUUGGAUAAAACAUCUGUACUUCAAGAGGCUCGUGUUUUCAAUGAAACGCCGGUCAAUCCACGAAAAUGUUCGUUGAUAUUGACAAAGAUUCUUUAUCUUAUAAAUACUGGCAUGGCUCCAUUGACCACAUUGGAAGCUACUGAUGCAUUUUUCAACAUGACCAAAUUGUUUCAAUCGAAAGAUUCUACAUUGAGACGUUUAGUUUAUAUCGGUAUAAAAGAAUUGUCAAGAAUGGCAGAAAAUGUUUAUGUUGUCACAUCUUCGUUGACAACUGAUAUGAACGCUAAGGAUGAUCAAUGUAGACCGGCUGCUUUACGUGCCUUGUGUCAGAUAACCGAAGCUUCAACGUUUCAGGGAAUCGAACGAUACAUGAAACAAGCAAUUGUCGAUCGAAAUCCUACCGUAUCAUCGGCUGCAUUGGUUUCAUCAUUACAUUUGGCUAAAAACAUUCCUGAUGGUGUGAAACGAUGGGCUAACGAAGCACAAGAAGCUUUGAAUUCAGACAAUAUAAUGGUCCAAUAUCACGCACUUGGUUUGCUUUAUCAUAUUCGUAAAAGCGAUCGAUUAGCUGUUACGAAAUUGGUGACUAAAUUAGUACGUAGUCCAAUGAAAUCACCAUUUGCUGUUUGUCAACUUAUUCGUAUAUCGGCCAAAUUGAUCGAAGAUGAAGGUGCUGGCUCGGAUAGCAUCUAUUAUGAUUAUAUUGAAUCCUGUCUUCGACAUAAAUCGGAAAUGGUUAUCUAUGAAGCUGCGAAUGCAAUUAUAAAUUUAAGUUGUACAUCACAAAGAGAACUUCAAUCAGCCAUUUCGGUUCUUCAGCUGAUGCUUUCUUCAUCCAAAUCGACUAAUCGUUUUGCUGCAGUUCGUGCAUUGAACAAAAUAGCUAUGAAUCAUCCAAAUGCCGUAAUGGCAUGUAAUGUAGAUCUGGAGAAUCUCAUCACCGAUAAUAAUCGAUCAAUCGCAACGUUAGCUAUUACUACGUUGUUAAAGACUGGUAAUGAAUCUUCUGUAGAACGUUUAAUGAAACAAAUCGCUUCGUUUAUGUCUGAGAUAUCUGAUGAAUUCAAAAUUGUUGUGGUUGGAUCAACUCGUGCACUAUGUGCCAAAUUUCCACGAAAACAUACGGUUAUGAUGUCUUUUCUUUCAUCAAUGUUGCAUGAAGAAGGUGGAUAUGAAUAUAAAAAAUCUAUUGUCGAUACUAUCAUUGCAAUUAUCGAAGAUAAUCCUGAAGCAAAAGAAGCUGGAUUAGCCUAUCUUUGUGAAUUCAUCGAAGAUUGUGAACACACAAGCCUGGCUGUAAAGAUUCUCUAUUUGCUUGGUCGUGAAGGUGUAAAAACAGCACAACCGGCCAAAUACAUCCGUUAUAUUUAUAAUCGGCUUAUUUUGGAAAAAUCUCCUGUUCGAGCGGCUGCAGUUUCAUCGUUGGCUAAAUUUGCCGCUCAUUGUGAGGAUCUAUUGCCACAGAUUUUAGUCUUGCUAGAACGGUCAGUACUUGAUGCUGAUGAUGAAGUUCGAGAUCGUGCAACCUAUUAUAUUAACAUAUUGGCGCAACAAUCAAAAUCUACGAAACUAAACUGUAUAUCAAGUCCAUUACAAGUAUCGAUGAUUGGCUUGGAGAAAGCAUUGUCUGCCUAUCUACAGGACACUCAUUCGAAUCAAGAACAAUCAUUCGAUAUUAAACAAGUUCCAUUAUCGACGGCACCAAUAACUGGUUUGUUGGAUGUUAAUCAAUCGAUUAAAUUGGAUUCAGGUCGAAAAUCUUUAGCCAAUGGUCCUGUUAGUGGAACCAACCAUGGUACUGGAGCAUCAUCAGCCAUUGAAAAGAUUGCAGCUACCAGACAGGAUCUUUAUGCCGAACAAUUAGCAUCGGUAUCGGAAUUGAGUUCACUUCGAUUGGGUCCAAUUCUAAAAUCAUCAUUGCCACUCGAAUUGACCGAAUCGGAAACUGAAUAUGUAGUUCAAUGUAUUAAACAUAUGUUUCGUGAACAUAUCGUUCUACAAUUUGAUUGUACAAACACAUUGAAUGAUCAGAUUCUGGAACAAGUCUCGAUCGAUAUGGAAGUGUUUGAAGGUUUUCGACAAUUGUUACAAGUAAAAUGCGAUCAACUUGUCUACAAUACACCUCGUUCAAUUUAUGUUGUUUUAGCCAUUGAUUCUGGUUCAAUAGACAAUUAUAAUGAUGAUUCGGGUGUGGAUAUCUCUCAAUUGUUUGGAACAUUCACCGGGGUUACACUUAAAUAUUUGGUCAAAGAUUGUGAUCCAAACACUAAUCAAGUUUUGGAUGAUGAAGGAUAUCAAGAUGAAUAUGCACUCGAAGAUGUGGAUAUAUUAAUCUCAGAUUAUAUGCAAAAAUUGAUCGUACCAGAUUUUCAGACCUGUUGGGAAGAAUCCGGUGAAGACAAUCAAGUGGAAGAAACGUAUGCCUUGUCAAAUUUUAAAACAUUGGAUGAAGCAAUUAAAAAUUUGGUAAACUUUAUGGAUAUGAAUGUUUGUGAUCGUUCGGAUCGAGUACCGGAUGGUAAAAACGCUCACACUGUAUUUCUAUCCGGUCUAUUUCGUGGUCAAGUACAAGUUUUAAUUUGUGCCAAACUGGCACAAUCAACCGAUGGUAUUACGAUGAAGAUAACUGUACGAUCUUCAUCGAUGACAGUUUCUGAAUAUAUUGCAUCGGCUAUCGUUUAAUUUGAUUUUUUUUAUUUUAUUAUUCAUUUAUUUUUGGCAAACAAUAACAAAAAAAGAAGCUAUAAUUUAUCACAUUAGUAAUGAAAAAGUCAAAAAAAAAGAAAUUGAUCAAGCCAAACAAAAAUCGAAUCAAUCAAUUGGCUGUAAAUAAUAAAAAUGC